AUGGAGGCGUCGGGUCUGGAUCUCCCGUGCGGCCUCUGCGGAGCCGCCGCCGCCCCGUACGCCUGCCCGCGCUGCAAACGCCGCCUCUGCUCCCUCCGCUGCUACCGCGCCCAUGGUGGCUGCUCCGAAGCUUUUUACCGAGAGCAGGUGCUGCAAACCCUCCGUUCCGACCGGUCCCCACCAGCUCUCCCCGGCCUGGGGGAUGCCUUGAGGCGGCCGCGCCAGCUAUGCGAGGCCGAGGCUUCAGCGGGGUGCGAAGGCCGCGGGCUGUGGGGAUCGCUCAGCGCGGCAGAACAAGCAGAUUUCCAGCGGCUGAUCCGCACGGGGGAGGCGUCAAAACUGAUGCCGGCAUGGAGACCGUGGUGGUGGUGCCGAAAUAAAGGUAAAAACCGGGAUAAAUAUGAGCAUAAAGAUGAGGAUGAAGAUGAGGAUGAGCCGCAAAUUGUUCCACCACCCGCCAUCCCCUCAUCCAUCCCCGCACUGAGCUCCUUCCCGGCACCUACGCCGUCCCCAUUGCUGCGUUUCCAGCUGCCCCACGUCCUCUUUGGCUACGUCUUUGCCUUGAGCCUCCACGGAGGGGACGAGUCGCUGGUGCCGGAGCUGCCGGGCGCCGCCAUUGACGUGGCGGCCGCGCUCAGGAUGCGCCGGGCAUUCAGAUCCACCGCCAAGGCCCUUCGAGCCGCCCGGGAUGAUGCAAAGGGCGCCGGGUACCCGGCGGGUCCAUUGGGAGAUGCUGGGACCGUCCUGGCUGUGGCCGAGCUGCUGGAGGGGCCUGGGGACAAUAGCGAUAAUUACACCCAAAAUAAGGCCGCUAAUUACAACAAUAAUUACGUAAUCAUGGCUCUGGCACACCUGGAGCAGUUGUUGAGCAGGAGACGACUUAAUUUGGAUGCUAACGAGCGCCAAACGUUCGUUAACGCCCAGAGGAAGUGCCGCUUCCUAAUGAGCUGGAGCCAGGAGGCACCAAUGGGGACGAUGGGAGAGGAGGGAGAUUGUUAA